UGUGUUUGUGUGCGCGUGAGCGUGCGCGCGCCACCCAGAGAGACGGAGAUCUGCUGUUACCACAGCGCACAAUAUACAGGAACUGUGACGUCACAGAGAGAGAGAGCGCGAGAGAGAAGAGCGAGAGAGAGAGGGGGAAGCAGUGAGGGAGUUUACAGACAGACUAAAGUGCGCUAUCAGCUGCUGAAGUCUGCGCACGGGAGAGGUGUGGACGCACAGAUAAGGAGAGAGAGAGAGUGUGCGUGGGUUCGCGUGGUGGAGGACAGUGACUCCCCUUGUCGUCGUCCGUCUGUCCGUGACCGUGGCGGCACAGAUGGGUGCGACUCUCCACAGCUGACUCGCCGGUGCCGCAUGAAUCCAGCCGAGCACGCGCUGAUCCUGCGACUUCACGCACUGGCAUCAUGCUCCCCCGGAACAUGCGAACAGGUGGCUAUGACCUGCCAGGGGUGGAGUCAACCGACGUGCCUCUCAUUGGCUACAGGCCCUUAAUACCUGACUGCAGCACACCGAGCCACCAAUCGGGGAAAGGAAGCGGCGGCGAUGAAGUGGAGACGUCACAGGCGGAGCCCUCACCGAUGAAGACCACCUGGUACUGUCCUCUCGAUCUGUCUACUGUCGUGGAGGAAGAGGAGGACGGAGUGAUCUACACCGUGGUGGUCAAACAGCAGCAUGGAGGAACCACCGGUCCAUCGUCGGCGGUGACUCGCUCGCAGUGCGUCAAAGCGGGGACGGAAGAGAAGCUCGUGCGCCACCUCCUUCACUCCUUCUCCAUGGGAGACUCCUCCUUCAUCACCAUCUUCCUCUCCACCUAUCGCUCCUUCACGUCCACCGAGAGAGUGCUGGACAUCCUCACUGACAGACUGGAGAAACCACCUGGAGACAGCGACAGGAGCCAGAGACGACAGUCGUUCAACAAAGCCGUGUGCACUGUGUUCAGAACGUGGCUCACGGAGUAUCCGGAAGAUUUCCGGAGUCUGAAGGAGCCCACUCGUCUGCUGCGUCUGGCUCCUCUGCUCCCGCAGGACUCCUCGUCCGCGGCCGACCUCCGCGCUCGCCUCCUCAGGAUCGCCGAGGAGCUCAGCGAGAAAGCUCUGCUCCCUGAUGCCCACAGAGAUCAGAGCGGCUUCACCAGUGCUCCUCCUCCUCCUCCUCCUGACGCCUCCAAGUUUGAACCCACCAGCGUCCUGGGAUUUCCUGCGCCGCUCAUCGCUGAGCAGCUCACCAGGAUCGAGACGGAGCUGUUUGUCCGUCUGGUCCCGUACCACUGCCUCGGCUCCCUGUGGUCGCAGAGGGACAAGAAGGGGAGGGAAGGCGUCUGUUGGUCCGUCCGGGCCACCGUACGUCAGUUCAACAAGUUGGCCAAAGCGGUCUUAGCGUCCUGCCUCUGUCCCACGAAGCUGCGCAGCCAGCAGAGAGCUCGUCUCCUGGAGAAAUGGAUCAGCGUGGCAGAGGAGUGCCGAGCCAGAAAGAACUUCUCCUCGCUGUACGCCAUCGUGUCGGCCCUGCAGAGUAACCCCAUCCACCGGCUGAGGAGGACGUGGCAGGAAACUGACAGGGAGGCGAUCAGGAGAUACGAGGAACUGUCUGACAUAUUCUCCGAGAAGGACAACUACUCCCAGAGCAGAGAGCUGCUGAAGGAGGAGGGGACGUCAAAGUUUGCCAACACUGACAUCAGACUCAACCACAGACAUGUCAAUAAGUCCAGUGCUCUGGGCACUGUGCCGUACCUGGGCAUCUUCCUCACAGACCUCACCAUGCUGGACACGGCGGUCAAAGACAGGCUCGAUAAUGGCUACAUCAACUUUGACAAAAGGAGAAGGGAGUUUGAGGUCUUGGCUCAGAUACGGCUGCUGCAGUCUUCCUGUAAAAACUGUGUUUUCAGCACCGACGAGUCGUUCUCACAGUGGUAUCACAGCGUGCCCACACUAACUGAAGAGGAAAGUUACAGACUGUCCAAUGAAAUUGAAGCACCCGGUGAGCCGAGUCCACGUGGCCUUACACCAACAGUCAUUAUCACACAGUGUCCAGACCUGAGCAGGUCCCGGACCAGCCUGCCCGGCGACAGCGACAGUCUCUUUGAAUUCUCCUCACCGGUCAAUAACCUGCUAUCAAAACUCACAAAGCACAUGAGGUCUCCAUCCGUGUCCUGUCUGGACGUGGACUCGUCCCCGCCCACCGCCGAGUCCACGCCCGCCACCCUGACCCCAUCCACUCCCACGAAAUCCCACCGCCGGUCGGCCUCCUGUGGCAACAACCCCCCCAACAACAUGCAAGGGUCGGGGGCCGACAUGAGAAUCAUCCGGAUACGCAUGGACCUGCAGGACGGAAACUUAUACCGGAGCAUUCUGGUUACGAGCAACGAUAAGACCCCCACUGUGAUCAGCUCUGCCUUAGAAAAGCACAACCAGGACCCCAAACAGACGUCCAAGUACGAGCUGAUCCAGCUCCUGCCUGAAGGAAAAGAACUGGUCAUCCCUGCCACAGGAAACGUCUUCUACGCCAUGACGUCGUCGAGCGUGGACUUCCUGUUGAGACGGAAAGGCGGGAGCGCUCCUCUUGGCUCGCAGCCCAUCAGCACGGAGACCAGCGCGACGUUCCCUCGGAUCAAGGCCAAGGGGCGGAGACUGGUCAGGACUCUGUUUUGACAUCAUCGGCUCUUCCUCAACGUUGUCCACGGAGACGUUUUGUUUUUGUUUGUUUGUUUGUUUUUCCUCGCAGUCCCUGACGUAACCGUGGCCUUCUCCAUACAACACACACACACACACACAAAUGUCUCCGUACCAAAAAUACACAAAGAGUCCACGUUUAUCCGCUCUACUGCUGCGCUCCUGUGAUCACCAGAGCUUUUUUUUCCAACCUCGCAAUAUGCAUUACUGAUUUGAACCCAGAGGAAGAGCUACAGAAGUCGUUCUGUGAGGGAUUUUUGGUGCUGGCUCUGGCGUCACAUAGCACUUAAAACGUCCCAUUUUCAGUCCGACUCAAAGAAUAAGACUUGUUUAAAUAAAACCAAAAAGAA